AUGUCUCGUUCGAACGCCCCGAGCGGCGGCGCCGCGUCUCGUAAAAUUUCCUUCAAUGUGAGCGAACAGUACGAUAUUCAGGACGUUGUCGGCGAGGGCGCCUAUGGUGUAGUUUGCUCCGCGAUUCACAAGCCAUCGGGCCAGAAAGUGGCAAUCAAGAAGAUCACUCCAUUCGACCACUCCAUGUUUUGUCUCCGGACCUUGCGAGAAAUGAAACUCCUUCGUUACUUCAACCACGAGAACAUCAUUUCCAUUCUCGACAUCCAAAAGCCACGAGGCUAUGAUUCGUUCAACGAGGUUUACCUCAUCCAGGAGCUGAUGGAGACGGACAUGCACCGCGUCAUCCGCACCCAAGAUUUAUCCGACGAUCAUUGUCAGUACUUUAUUUACCAGACGCUGCGGGCUUUGAAGGCCAUGCACUCGGCCAACGUGCUGCACCGCGAUCUCAAGCCUUCGAACCUGCUGCUCAACGCCAAUUGUGACCUCAAGGUGUGCGACUUUGGCCUCGCCCGCUCGGCCGCGUCACAGGAGGACAACUCUGGCUUCAUGACCGAAUAUGUUGCGACCAGGUGGUACCGCGCACCGGAGAUCAUGUUGACUUUCAAGGAAUACACCAAGGCUAUCGAUGUCUGGUCGGUGGGCUGCAUCCUCGCCGAGAUGCUUAGCGGGAAACCGCUGUUCCCGGGCAAAGACUACCACCAUCAGCUCACGCUCAUCUUGGACGUUCUGGGUACGCCCACCAUGGAGGACUACUACGGCAUCAAGUCCCGCCGGGCCCGCGAGUACAUUCGGUCGCUACCCUUCAAGAAGAAGGUGCCAUUCCGAACGCUAUUCCCCAAGACGUCCGACCUAGCGCUCGAUCUCCUGGAGAAACUCCUGGCGUUCAACCCCGUGAAGCGCAUCACCGUGGAGGAGGCUCUCAAACACCCGUACCUGGAGCCGUACCAUGACCCCGAAGACGAGCCUACGGCGCCGCCAAUUCCAGAGGAGUUCUUUGACUUUGACAAGCACAAGGAUAACCUGAGCAAAGAACAGCUGAAGCAACUCAUCUACGAGGAGAUAAUGCGGUAA